GAGGCGUGUCGUUCUCCCACGUGGCCACACGGUGGCGGUCGAGGCCCCGCUUCACCAGCUAGACAGCAUAUUUCCAUAAGACCCCGGAAGUUCUUCCCCCCUGCCCCCCGCCCCCUUCAAUGCUUUUCGAUCCCGGCACAUCCCCAGUCAAGAUGGCGAUGUUUGCUGGAGUCCGUUCCUUACUGCUGCCGGGGCCCAGGCGUCUCUGGGGAUUGUCGAACAAGUUCCUGCCCCGGAGGCCUGUACAUUUUGGAGUGAACAGAUUAAGAAGCAUACAAGCAGCUGCACAAGUAGUUUUAAAUGUUCCUGAGACAAGAGUAACAACUUUGGAAAAUGGACUCAGGGUAGCCUCAGAAGACUCUGGCCUCUCAACAUGCACAGUUGGACUUUGGAUUGAUGCUGGAAGUCGAUAUGAAAAUGAGAAGAAUAAUGGAACAGCUCAUUUUUUGGAACAUAUGGCUUUUAAGGGCACCAAAAAAAGAUCUCAGUUAGAUCUGGAGCUUGAGAUUGAGAACAUGGGUGCUCACCUCAAUGCCUACACAUCCAGAGAGCAAACUGUAUAUUAUGCCAAGGCUUUCUCAAAAGAUUUGCCAAGAGCUGUAGAAAUUCUUGCUGAUAUAAUACAAAAUAGUACAUUGGGAGAAGCUGAGAUUGAACGUGAACGUGGAGUUAUCCUCCGGGAGAUGCAGGAAGUUGAAACCAAUUUACAAGAAGUUGUUUUUGAUUAUCUUCAUGCUACAGCCUAUCAAAAUACUGCUCUUGGACGGACGAUUUUAGGGCCAACAGAAAACAUAAAAUCUAUAAACCGUAAAGACUUAGUGGAAUACAUCACAACACAUUAUAAGGGUCCAAGGAUUGUGCUUGCUGCUGCUGGAGGCGUGUCUCAUGAUGAACUGCUUGACUUAGCAAAGUUUCAUUUUGGUAAUUCUUUAUCGGGACAUGAAGGAGAAAUACCAGCUUUGCCUGCCUGCAGAUUUACAGGGAGUGAGAUUCGUGUGAGGGAUGACAAGAUGCCUUUGGCACACAUUGCACUUGCUAUUGAAGCAGUUGGUUGGUCUCACCCAGACACAAUCUCUCUUAUGGUUGCAAAUACUCUUAUUGGAAACUGGGAUCGCUCUUUUGGAGGAGGAAUGAAUUUGUCUAGCAAGCUUGCCCAGAUCACUUGUCAUGGAAACCUCUGUCAUAGCUUCCAGUCUUUCAACACUUCCUACACAGAUACAGGACUGUGGGGACUCUAUAUGGUUUGUGAGCCAGCUACUGUUGCAGACAUGAUACACUUUGUUCAAAGAGAAUGGAUACGGCUAUGUACAAGUGUCUCUGAAAGUGAGGUUGCCCGAGCUAAGAAUCUUUUGAAGACAAAUAUGCUGCUGCAGCUUGAUGGUUCAACUCCAAUCUGUGAAGAUAUUGGUCGGCAAAUGUUAUGUUAUAAUCGAAGAAUUCCCAUUCCUGAGCUUGAAGCGAGAAUUGAUGCUGUUGAUGCUCAGAAUAUACGAGAUGUAUGCACAAAAUACAUUUAUAAUAAACACCCUGCUGUGGCUGCUGUUGGUCCCAUUGAGCAACUACCAGAUUAUAACAAAAUCUGCAGUGGCAUGUAUUGGCUUCGGGAAUAAGAAGAUUUUAAUCAAAUGAUUUUCAAAGUGUUAUUUAUAAAACCUGAGAAAUUCAGGCUGUUCAUCCAAAAAGAAAUCAAAAUGUUUUUGGAACCUACCAGGAAAAUGUGAGGUGGUAUUUGUGUCAGACUUUUAAAGGGUAAUUACAAAUAAGGAAAUCUUUCAGACUUUCAGAGACUCAAGUUUUUGGUAAUAGGUAAGGAAAGGAAAGUGUAAUUACAAACAGCUCCUAUUUCUAUUAGAGGAACUGUCAGAAUGCUAAAAACACAGAUUUGAAACAACAAUAGAGUUUUUUAUAAGUGUAAGAAUGAAAAUUUAUACAGUAUUUGCAGUUUUAUUAUAAAAACAAACACAGCAAAGAUUGUCAAUUUUAGUCAUUUCUUGGCUCGACUAGCAUUCAUCACUUGUUCUUGAGCAGCCUUUUUUGCUUUUACCAUUUCGACAAGUUCCUAGAGAAAAAAUAAGAAAGGUUAACUAAAACUUUCAACUUUAAAACUCUGCUUUUGUUUAAGAAUUUCAGGGAGAUUUUGUGGGGAUAAUAUGCAAUAUAGUUCAUGCUUUUCAAUUAUUGUUCAUGACCUCCAAAAGGAUCAUUUAGAGGAAAUACAAAUAGAGGGUUCUGGGUUGGCAGAGUAAGGUUUAGAUUUAAUAAAUUGCUGUUGUAUUCCUGCUUAUGGGUAAAAUAAGUUUUGGUCUAUAGUAUGAACACAUCUUUUUCCGAUAAAAUUCAAGAAAUAGUUAUUUAAAUGCCUAAUGUGACAGUCCCUCUGUGGCUUUAAAGAUGACAACUUGAGUGGCAGUGGCCAAUUUUCUGUUGAGAAGCUACUUUGAUCUUAUGAUAUUCCUUGGAAAGCCAUCUAACUUAGGGGCCACUCUUAAAGCUAUUCUUCAUAACAACCAAAGCUUAUGCUGUGCUGGCAUAGUUAUGAGAAACCAGGGCUACCUUUCUGGAGUAGGACUUUAAAAUCUACGAAUAUUUCUUAGAAAAGUGGUUUCUGGAAAGUGGCACCACUUGGACAUGAUAUUCUUCAUUGUAGUACACCUAGCCCCAAAAGUCUGUUAUGAAUUAAUGUUACUUUACGUAAAUGACAUGUCUUUGUAAUGACUUUUUGUUUUUAGUACCCUGAAGCCUAACCAACAAGAAAGACAACAGUAUGCAUUUUAAUUUAGAAUAAAAUUUGGGAAUUACUGAAUUACAUACAUACGUGUACACACACAUACACACAUACUCUCCCUUUCUCUCUAACUACCUUAUAUCGUUUCAUACAGUCCUUUUUUGAUCGUCCAGGCACUGCAGAAGCUAUUUUUUCCCAUCUCUCAGGUGUAUUCACAGGAUAUGUCUUUAGAGCUUGUUCUAAAAGUUUUUGUUCUUCAGUUGUCCAAGGUGUGAAAUCUGUACAUGGACCUAAAAAAAAAAAGUUAUUUGGAAAAAGCUUAUAGAGUGAUUUGAUGUAAUAUUAUGGUCAAAGAUUCUUAUGUCCUAGAUUAACUUUAUUUAUUGAAAGGAUAUUAUUUACAUUUUUUAUAUACACAAUUAUAAAUAAAAACAUAACCUUACUUUUAGCUUGGUUUAAAUAGUGAGUUUAUUUCACACAACCCUGCCCCGCGCUUAAAAGUUAAAGAAACUAAAACAAAAGGCAGUGAAAUUACUUGCCUAUUUUAAUACGGGCAGCUGCUAGGGGAAAAAUGAAUUCCAGUAUUAUGUUUUUACCUGUGUUACUAUGUUUACUCUGUUAGAAAUUGCUUAAAGAAUUUUAUCAGUGUUGUUUGUCUUAAAUUGACAGAACAAGACGAUAAAAAUUUUUUCAUGGUAAUAGAGAGAGGAAAAAUCUUUCCAGAUACACACUAGGGAAAAAUGUCAAUUUCCUUUUUUCUGUAAGUAUGGACGACAGAAAAAAUUAGAACCCUUAAACUGUGUCCCAAUGACUAAUGUGAAAAAAGUAAUUUACAAGUCUAGAGAAAUCUUAUAUUGGAAAAUAAGCAAUUAACCUAUAAAAAUAAAACUAUCAUUUGAAAGGGAAGGAUAAGAAAUCUGCCUAUAUCCAACAUCCAACUCCCCUCUCCCCCCAAAAAAAACCCCAAGGACUAAAAAUCUGCAAUGAACCUAACUGCAUUGCAUUUUUCAAUCAGCUGAACAUUUUAUUCUCCUAAUAUAGUAACUACAAAACCUAUUCCUAGAACUGAAGAGAGAUUUUGGUAGCCUGGAGAUAUGGAUGUAUCCAUCAAUUAUUUCCCACCUAAUUAAAAAGGAAAAAAAAAGUGUUACCUUCAAACCGCUCUGAAGGAGCUGCACUGUCUGACUGAGACACAACUCCAUGUUCCUUUUUAAAUUUAUCAAAAGCUUUUUUGUUUAUGUCAUCUUUUUGAUGAGGGUCUGAGGGGAAAGAAAAGCUUUAUUUGCAUCUUGUGAUACUUGAGAAUUCAAUGCUCAUGCAACAAUGAAUUCUCACCUAGAUUUUAAUUACUAAAAGUACUUGAUACCUCAAAUCAGUUUUUUCCUUUAAUGAUUUCAACAAAAGUUUUAAAUACCCAGUUUCUGAAGACUCUUUGCCUUGUUGAUGACAUCUUUUGCAGUUCUCUUUAUUCCAGAAGAGGAGUGCAGGUUCAUAUAAUUGGCAAUAACUUCCCACCUAUUACAAGAUAAAACAGCAGCAAUAUUGUUUGGGGUUUUAUUGUAGUGAAAACUAUUUACAGGAUUAUACCAAACUGGACAAUCUGGCUUAAAUUACUGUAAUUACUUGAAACUACUGCCACUCAAAGGUUUUGAUUUUUAUAUUCUACAAAACCUCAUCCAAUGUUUUAGUGCAUAACAAAAUCUUAAGCUACUGUGCAUUAUUUGUAUGUAAAUAAAUCACACUCUUGUGUA